GGCGAGGCGCCGGAGAUGAUGCAGCAGCAGCAGCAACAGCCGCCGCCUCCGCCUCCGCCGCAGCACCCGCCGCCGCAGCAGCCCGGCGGCGGGGACUUCUACCGCGGCCCGCUGCAGCCGCCGAUGCGGCAGCUCUCCGCCGCGUCCUCCACCAACCUCCCGCCCGACUACGCCGCGCACCCGGGAGCCCCGCCGCCCCAUCAGCAGCAGCAGCAACAACAACAACAACAACAGCCGUUCGACGCUUAUGGGGACAGUUUCGGCGCGAAGAGGAUGCGGAAGCCCGUGCAGCGGCGGACGGUGGACUGCACCAGCUCACUGGUCCGAUACGCUCAGGCUCGCAUGUGGCAGCGGGAUGCAAGGGACAGAUUCACGUUGCAGCCGACUGCAGCUGCUGUCGUCGAUAUGUUGCCAUCUGUCGCAUACCCAGACAACCCCUCGACAAGUUUUGCCAGCAAAUUUGUUCAUUCAUCUAUCAAUAAGAACCGGUGCUCCAUAAACUGUGUCGUGUGGACUCCUACAGGCCGCCGGCUUAUUACUGGAUCCCAGAGUGGUGAAUUUACCCUAUGGAAUGGACAAUCUUUUAAUUUUGAAAUGAUUCUUCAGGCUCAUGAUCAAGCUGUGAGAUCAAUGAUUUGGAGUCACAAUGAAAACUGGAUGGUUACAGGGGACGAUGGUGGUGCAAUAAAGUAUUGGCAAAGUAACAUGAAUAACGUUAAAGUGAAUAAAACUGCCCACAGAGAAUCAGUCCGUGACUUGAGCUUCUGUAGAACAGACUUGAAGUUCUGUUCGUGUUCUGAUGACACUACUGUGAAGGUUUGGGACUUUGCAAGAUGCCAAGAAGAAAGAUCUUUAACUGGCCAUGGUUGGGAUGUUAAAAGUGUCGAUUGGCAUCCCACAAAAUCUUUAUUGGUCUCAGGUGGUAAAGACUAUCUUGUGAAACUCUGGGAUGCAAAAAGUGGUAGAGAGCUACGGUCAUUCCAUGGCCAUAAAAACAUUGUGCAGUGUGUAAAGUGGAAUCAGAAUGGGAACUGGGUAUUGACUGCCUCUAAGGAUCAGGUUAUCAAGUUAUAUGAUAUUAGAUCCAUGAAAGAGCUUGAAUCCUUCCGUGGGCACAAUAAGGAUGUAACUGCUUUGGCAUGGCAUCCGUUUCACGAAGAAUACUUUGUUAGUGGAAGUUAUGAUGGAGGAAUCUUUCAUUGGUUGGUCGGCCAUGAAACCCCUCAGAUAGAAAUAAGUGGUGCACAUGACAAUAGUGUCUGGGACCUUGCUUGGCAUCCAGUGGGCUAUCUACUUUCCAGCGGGGGCAAUGAUCAUGCUACGAGAUUCUGGUGUAGAAACAGGCCUGGUGAUACCAGCCGUGAUAAAUUCAAUGGUGGACAGUUUCAAGGUAAUGACCAACGCUCCGGUUUUGUUGUUCAUGGUCCGGGUGGAUUCCAGAUGCCUGAACCAACACCCGGACCAUUUGGUGGUGCAAUUCCUGGUAUAGAUGCCCAAUCUAUACCUGGUCUUCCUGGUCUUCCACCUGGCCCGCCUCCGUUGCCACCAGGUCCUCAUCCAUCUCUUCUAUCCACUGGGCAGCAGCAACACUAUCAACAGAUGCCUCAGCAGCAACAUCAGUUCAGGCCACCACCUCCAAACAUGCCUCAGCUGCAACCACCAGCACACAUGCUUCCUCAUCAACAAGGACCUCGACCAUCACUUCCUCAGCUUCCAUCGAUGCCAGGGCAAUCGCCAGUGAACCCGCCACUACCGCCCAUGCCACACCCGAUGGCAAUGCAAGGUUCGUCGAACCAGAUGAUGCCUCAAAUGCCACAGCACUUGAUUGGCAUGAAUCAGACGCAUCCUGGUUCUGGCCCUCCCAACAAUAUGCCUCCGAUGGGUGGCUUCCCAAACGGAAUGGGGAACAUCCAAGGUGCACCAGGUUCUUCCGGCAUGCAGAACUUCCCUAUGGGUGGCAUGUACAACCGGCCUCAGGGACAAAUGGCUCCACAAGGGCAAAUGUCAAUUCCUGGUCUAGGUUCUUACCAACCUGGGAUGGGCAACGUCGGCCUUCCACCACCGCCACCACAGCAUCCCCCACCUCGCGGUGCAGCACCGCAAUAAUAUCUUUACAACUGUACAAUGCCGAAAGAGAGCUUAAAAUUUUCUGGGCUGCCUCAGUGUAAACCAUUAAUUUUAUCUGAGCAAAGCCGGUGUAGAUUUGCGGCUGCAUUCAAUGUAAAACCAUUAAAUCAUAUUCGAGAAAGUCAACUGUUGGAUUCUGGCAA